GAGCUAUUUGGAUUCCUGUCAUUCAUCACACAGCGGGUAAAACAACAUGAGGAAAUACGGCUGGAGCAGUUUCAGAGAUCUUGUCCUCAAAAAUCCUGCAAACCCUGAUGCUGUGGACCAGCAGGACUCACACAUCAAUGAUGGUGAUGAAAAUGAUGUACGUGGGAACUGGACCAACAAGAGAGAGUACAUUCUGUCUAUGAUUGGCUAUGCUGUCGGCCUGGGAAACGUCUGGAGAUUCCCAUAUUUGACCUAUAAGAAUGGAGGGGCGGCCUUUCUCAUCCCCUAUUUCAUCAUGCUGGUGGUGGCCGGCAUUCCUCUUUUUUUCCUGGAAAGCUCCUUCGGUCAGUUCUGCAGCCAAGGCCCCAUCUAUGCAUGGAGAGCUGUGCCAAUACUCCAGGGUGUUGGCUUUUCCAUGUUGGUGGUGAAUUCAUUAGUGAGCAUUUACUAUAAUGUCAUCAUUGCAUACAGCCUAUUCUACAUGUUUGCGUCCUUCCAGUCUCCCUUGCCAUGGUCCAGCUGCCUCAGCUGGGUUGACACUAACUGCAACAUCACAACUACAGAGACAUGCAAUAUAACUAGCCUGCCAGCGGCCAACUCGACUCGGGAAAAUGACACCUGCUCUCCAUCCACCACCACUGUGAUUCCAACACAGAGCCCUAGCGAGCAGUAUUGGGAUCAGGUGGUUCUGCAGCGAUCCAGUGGUCUUGAUGAGACAGGGUCAAUUGUCUGGCGCUUGGCCCUCUGUUUGCUGCUGGCUAUGUCCAUCCUUGCAGCAGCUGUCAUCAAAGGUAUCAAGUCAUCAGGCAAAGUGGUGUAUUUCACAGCUACAUUCCCUUAUGUGGUUAUUCUGAUCCUGGUAAUCAGGGGUGUGACACUAGAGGGUGCUGCAGAUGGGAUACAGUUCUACAUUGGUUCCCAGUCCAAUUUUAGUAAACUGGCUGAGGCAGAGGUUUGGAAAGAUGCAGCGACUCAGACCUUCUAUUCCCUUUCCAUUGGGUGGGGUGGAGUCAUGACUCUGGCUUCCUAUAACAAGUUCCACAAUAACAUCUUCCUGGACUCAUUUGUUGUAACCCUCGCUAAUGCUGGCACCAGUGUGUUUGCUGGCUUUGCCAUCUUUUCUAUUUUGGGUCACAUGGCUUAUGUCUAUGGAAAAAACAUUGGAGAGGUUGCCGAAGAUGGAUUUGGCCUGGUAUUCAUUGUGUAUCCAGAUGCUCUCUCAAAGCUUCCCAUCGCCCCUCUUUGGUCUGUUUUGUUCUUUUUCAUGCUUUUCACCCUUGGACUAGACUCUCAGUUUGCAGGAAUAGAGGUGAUAACCACCUGCCUGAUAGAUGGCUUCCCUAAAAUCCUCCAGUCCCGACGCACCUUAAUCACUCUAGUCACGUGUGUCGUCAUCUUCCUCCUGGGCCUGCCAUGUGUCACACAGGCAGGAAUAUACUGGGUGACUCUAAUGGACCAGUUUGUUGCCAGCUGGGUGCUGUUAGUUAUCGUUCUCGUUGAGAUCAUUGGCAUCAGCUACAUAUAUGGAGGUAACCGUUUCAUUGAAGACAUAGAGAUGAUGAUCGGCAAUAAGAGCUUCUCUUUCUGGCUAUGGUGGAGAGCAUGUUGGUUCUUCAUCACCCCCUGUCUAAUUGCAGUGGUUUUGGUGUGGUCUCUGGCAACGUUUGUGCCCCCUUCCUAUGGAACAGUGGAGUUCCCUGCUUGGGGCUUGGCUCUGGGCUGGUGCAUGGCUGUGUUCUGCAUUGUCUGGAUCCCCAUUGUUGCCGUGUAUAAACUAAUUAGAGCCGAGGGAAAUGCCUUGCAGCGUCUGCAGUCUGUGUGCCGUCCCUCAGAAGAAUGGCAUCCCUACCUGGAGAUUCAUCGAGGAGAACGUUACUCAGAAGAGCACUGUUGCCACAAGAACACUGUCAAUCAGUCAGAUGCCGAUACAAAUGUAAUCUCUAACUCAUGGCUUUGAGGGUGUGUGUGUGUGUGUGUGUGUGUGUGUGUGUGUGUGUGUGUGUGUGUGUGUGUGUGUGUGUGUGUGUGUGUGUGUGUGUGUGUGUGUGUGUGUGUGUGUACAUGGUGUUGAUGUUCCUGAUUGACUUUUUACAUUUUUUUUUAAAUGUCCAUUAUAGAUAAUGUUUUGAUUGUUGUUUUUUUAUGUGUAUCUUCAGAUAUCUUCACAUGAUUGAACCUGAGAACACAAUAUAGCUUAGUAGAAUUAGUUUGUAAUAUUGAUUCUCACUGACUUCUGUGUCUUUAACACUGUCAAUUUGUCAAACAUUUUAAUAUUUUAUCUGCAAUGAUUAUUAGGGGCCGGGCAGGUGAAGCUGCCAGGUCCCUCUUGUA